AUGUCGAGCCCGCCGCGCUCGCCGACGCGGCCGACAGCGCUGCCCAUGACGGUGGGCCCGCGUGAGUGGGAAAAGUCGCUCACGAUCAAAUGCCGCUUCUGCGGUGGCCCGAAAUGCAAGCGCUGCAGCGAGCACGCCGCGCUCCUCAAGACGGACAGUCCAGUCGCGGGUCUGCACGCCGACUGGGUGACCGACUCGAUCUUGGGCAUGAUGCGCCCGUCGUCUCGCCUCAUGCAGACAUAUCGCAUCGCCGACCAGUUUCAGCGCCUCAAGAUCAAGGCUGUGUUUAAUCUGACCAUGCCGGGCGAGCACCCACACUGCGGCGACGGCAACGGGCCAAGCGGGUUUCCCUACGACCCCGAGAUGGACCUCAUGGCGCACCAGAUUCAAUUUUACAACUUUGGCUGGGAAGACAUGACGUCGCCCAACUUGUCACUGAUGCUCGACAUUGCAACAGUCAUGGCGUCCGUUUUGGCGCAGGCGCAGCAAAAGGUUGCAGUGCACUGCCACGCUGGCUACGGUCGCACGGGACUGGCGAUUGCGUGUACACUUAUAUUUCAACACGGCAUUUCCGCUGCCGAAGCGAUUGCAAUUGUUCGGCGCGGGCGCCCGGGCUCGAUCCAAACCCACGGCCAAGUGGCGUUUGUAGGCCGCUUUCACGACUACCUGCGGCAAGCCAAGCUCGUUUUUGCGCUACCUACGAUUCACGACCGGUUCUCGCUCUCGACGAUCCUCGAGCGCGAGCGUUUCCAGUUUCAGCCAACGCCACCCGAGACGUCGAUGGUGUUGCCACCCCGCGUCGUGCGCUAUCUAUGCUCGCAGAUCGAGGUGUGGACCGCGCGCGAUUUGUGUGCGCUCAGUCUCGCAUUUGUCGGCCACCUGCCCGCAACGACGUACUCGAUCUCGCUCUUGCCGCAUCUUCAGCUGCUCCAAAUGGCUGAGAGAGUCGACGUCUGGGCAGACCACGUGGUUUCUAGUGACGUGCUCUUGCCGAUCAAGGCGCAAAUGAACUCGGGCGAGCCCAACUGGCCCCAGACUUCGACGACACCGAUCUUUGCUGGCUUGCUGCUCGACUGGCUCGAGCACCUUAAUCCGCCCCUCCUCGACAGCGACGACCUCCACGACGUCGACCGACUGCGGAAGGUGCCGCUCGCGGCGCUGCGGACGCUUGAGCGCCUCGUCUGCCUUCUGCGCGUAGGCAGCGAAGCGUUGCGAACACAGUCGGCCGAGCUGCCCGUCGAUGCAACCACGCUGCUCGAAGGCCUCUACGCUCGAACGGCCAUGGCUGUUGUGCAAGCCCCGUCGCUUCGUGCGCGGUCGCUGAUUCCUCCGAUCAAGUACCUCGUAGAAAGUCACUGGACGAGCCCCUCGCCGCUGAAAGUAGCGUCGGUUGCGCCCGAGGUCAAAAUCGAACCUCUCGACCCGACCAAGUUUCCCACUCUGCCCCCCGUCGGCACGACGCAGUCUUCGUCCCCCUCGAAAUCCUCGCCUGCCAAAGUGUCACCCAGUAAAAUGUCGCCGGCCAAAGGGUCGUCCACCAAAUCCAUGGCGCUUGAGCCUCCGAUCGCAUGUUCAUUGGCGCCAGAGUCUCCACCAAAGCUACUGGAGAAACUGCCGCGACGACCGAGUGACGUGACGGAUGCGCGUCCCAUCGACAAGAGCCUCCCGUCCCCUGAAAGGCCGCGAACGCUGCCCGAGGUCCAGCUGCGUGGUCGCUCGAUUCUAUAA